AUGGGACGGUGUUCCAGAGAAGAUUCGACUCAUAAAGGCAUUUUUUAUAAGCGUACGUCGGCGCAGGUCUGUAUAUAUGGGGAACUGACAGAUUCCUUCGAAACAAGAACAGGUGUCCGUCAGGUGCAUCCUUUCCUCAGCAAUAUUCACCUAUGCGGUAAACUGGAUAAAGGACACCGUUUUUCGGAACUUAAGAGAUGUCCAAUCAAUCCAAAACAUCGUAUCACGGAUCUUGAAUACGCUGAUGCAGUCCUUUUUGCUGACAGUUAUAACGAAAUGCAAAUAAUGCUAAAUAAUGUGUCAGAAACUGCAGCAAGAAUAGGACUCAGGGUGUCAAUGUAUACAAAACGAAAGUUUUUUCGUCAUGUGUUUAAGAAGCUGUAUAAGAAGAUAAAAUGCCUCUUUUUGUAA